AAUUUUUCUGUUCAUUCGGUUUUUGCGGCGUUUGCGGGAAAAUGUCAAGAGAAAUGUUUAAAUAAAUAAAAGUUAGUGAAAUGUUAAAUAUACUUACUAGAAAUUCUCAUAGAUAACAAAAGUUUAUUGAGAGGACAAAUAGCUUUCAUCAUGAAGUGCAUCAUUUCUGGAUCAAACAUAAAAAUAUUAGCAAAAGCGAUUAAUGCUCUUGGGAAAAUCGGAGAUGAAAUGUAUGUACAACCACAAGAAGAUUCAAUUUCCUUUCGAGCAGUUAGUAUGUCAAAUUCUGCUUAUGUGAAUUUUACAAUGUUUAAAAAUUAUUUUUCGUAUUACUCUUUUGGAGAUCUCAAGGACGACGAUGCAUUAAAAUGUAAAAUUUCGAUGAGGUGUGCCUUAGGUGUUUUCAAAGCACCUCAUCUAAUGGAUAAAGUUCUAGAAACUUGCCAUAUAAAACUGGAACCAAAUGCAUCGAAAAUAUAUUUUAUUUUGAAGUAUAAAAACAGCAUUAUUAAAACCCAUCGACUGCCGAUACUUGAUUGUGAAACUAUUAAGGCAGCGUACAAAAAGGAUGGACUUCCAAAUCAAUUAUUAGCACAGGCGAAAGUUCUUUUGGACGUUACUCAAAAUUUUCCGCAAAACUUGAUUGAAAUAACGUUAGAAGUCACUCCACAUAAAGUUUUGAUAAGAAAUUACGUAGAUGAAUCUUCUAGUUUAUCGCAUGGUACCCGAACGCAAAUUGCUCUUGCUGUUGGAGAAUUCGAACAGUACACCAUAGGUUCAAAUGCGAAUGUGACAUUUUGUUUAAAAGAAUUAAGAGCAAUUUUAAGUUUCGCUGAAAUAGUCAAUUUACCAAUAAGCAUUAAUUUCGAGGACGCCGGAAGACCCGUAGUGUUUGUUCUAAAAAAUCCAUCGUUUGAAGCGAAUCUUGUUCUCUCGACUCUUCAUCCCGACACCGAAAGUCAGUCGAUUCCAACUCCAAAAGUGAAUUCAUCUGUUAAAAAGAAAGCACCAGCCAAAAAAGCGCCGAGCAAAACAUCAAAGUCCGUUUCGAAAGUGUCGAAAACAAAGGCAAUUAAUGAAAAAAAUUAUCAAACUUCAAAGCGCACUAGUCAAAAUAAAAAUACAACCGAAGAGGAUAUAAUGUCAAUGAGCUCCGUCUCGAUGAUGUCUGAACCAGCAAUAUUAAACGAAAAUCACUCGAAUCGAUUACCACAAAGAAUUCCAUCAUCAGCAUCAUCAACACCAUCGCCAACCUCAAGUACAGUAUUGAAGAAAACGAACAGUGCAUUGCAAACCCUCUUUCCACCGGUACCAAGAAGAAAAUCCAAUCCUGGUGGAAGUAAUCAGAGGAAUGAUGAUGAAAUUAUUCCAUGCUCGCCACCACGACAGCCAUCGAAGAAGGCGCGUUUAAUUUUCCAAAAAUGCUUUAAAGCAACUUUCGACCCGAGAAUGUUACCUGGCCAUGAUAAAGUCCUAGCCGAAGAUUCUGACGAGGAGACGUGUCGUCUGCUACGUGUGUUGCGUUGUAAAGUGCACACGAGGUUGUUGUUUCUUUCUUAUGCUAAACACAGUAGAAAUUACGAAAUUGAUAUAAAUUUGUUGCUUUAUAUUUUAAGAAAAACAAAAUAUAUAAUGGUACGUGUGGGGAAAGUAUUUUUGCAAAUUGGUUCACUAACAGGAGUGGGGUUAGGAGGAUGGUUUGCGGGAAAACAUUUCGAAAGAUUGAAUGAUGAAAAAGAUGACAAAAGAGUUGGUGGAUUGUUUUCGAAUGUAAACAUAAAGAAUAAACCCUGUUUGCCGAUUUUCGGCACAGUAUCGGCAGCUACGCCGAUAGUGCCAAAUAAUAAUCAGGCAAAUAUGGGUGCUAAAUUAUCUGUACCAGGAUCAAGAGUAACUGAAAUUAUGAAGUAUGGGUUUCCUAGUCUGGAUAAUGUCAGAUCCUUUGAGGAUUACGUUCUUUCUUAUGAUAGACGAAACAGAGUUGCUCAUUGGGUCUUUGAACACUUAACAAAGGAGAAAAUACAUUUAAAAAAUACUGUAGACCGUUCAAAAUGCGAAUUCACUAUUGAUAAAAGUAUUCAUCCAUUUUUCAGGUCAGAAAAUAGUGAUUACAAAGGAAGUGGUUACGAUCGAGGGCAUUUAGCAGCUGCUGGAAAUCACAAGGUUUGCCAAAAGCAUAUAGAAGAAACUUUUCUUUUAUCAAAUAUGGCUCCUCAGGUGGGCCGAGGAUUUAACAGAGACUCUUGGAAUCGAUUAGAAAAAUAUGUUAGAUCUUUAACGAAUGUUUAUAAAGAUGUUUACGUAUGUACUGGACCUCUGUAUCUUCCAAAGAUGGAGGCAGAUGGUAAAAAAUACGUUAGAUACGAAGUUAUUGGCAACAAUCAUGUUGCAGUACCGACUCACUUUUAUAAAGUGGUUGUUGGAGAAACAUCCGACAAUAAACUUGAAAUGGAAGCUUUUGUCAUGCCAAAUUCACCAAUUGACGAUAAAGCGCCACUUAAGAAUUUCCAGGUACCGCCUGAGAGUAUCGAACGAGCGGCAGGUCUUCUAUUUUUUGACAGACUAUCACGUGAAAAACUCCACAAAGUAAAUGGAAAAAAUUGGAAAUGAAAAACGAGUAUAUAGGAUAUAAAUUUUAGGAACAAAUUUUAAUCAGUCUCGAAAAUUUUUAUUUGAAAAAAAUUUCAAUAUCGAUGCGCAUCUAAAGUGCAAUAUCGUUGACUAUGUACAUAGAAUGUAAACAUCUAGGAAAAUUUAAGUUAUACACAUUUUCUUUUUAAUUAUCUACCAAUGAUUAUGAUUAUUCAGAAUUUUUUCUUUUCUAAAGAUCGAGAAAAAAAAUUUAACAUCGUCUUAAUUUCGAAACUGUUUUUAGUAUUUAUUUAUUUUAAUUGAAAAAUGUAAAUAUCUGUAAAUGAACUGUUUUAUAUAUACAUAUAUAUUUUAAUUCAAACAAAUUGCAUAUCAUUUAACGCUAUAAAUGUUACUUAAGAGUCAGAUAUGUAUAACGACGAAGUCUUGAAUGUUAAAAUAUAUAUAUUUUAUCCUUCAUACA